CUGUGUUUAUAAGCUGGUCACUGACACAUUCUAAUUAUUUAUAGUUAUUUAUGUUCGACAAUAGGGAAAAAAAAUAUCGAGGAUAUCCGUUGCUUUUCGCGAGUCAUUGUCCUGUUAUUUCACGAAGUUGCAUCUGGCUUCACGCGCGUGUAGAUGUAAGUUAAACAUGGACAGGCCGGACGCCACAUUUACUCUUGCUUAUAUGGUAUUUGCUUUGUGUUUUGUUUUUACGCCGAAUGAGUUUCGCUCUGCUGGUUUGACGGUUCAGCACAUGUUCUCAGAGUGGCUGGGCAGUGAAGACAUCAGCUUCAUUCAGCACCACAUCAGGCGAACAACACUCACGGUGCUCUUCCACUGCUUCCUGCCGCUCGGAUACUUCAUAGGAAUGUGUUUUGCAGUUCAAGAACAGAAUCUCGUGUACAUCCAUCAUGCAAGUCAGGGAUGGCAAAUAUACUUUGGACUGUCGCUGGCCAUCCAGCUUUUGAGUUGUGCACUGGCCUUCUAUUGGUCCAGACGUGGAUGGGCGAAUCACCCGAUAUGUCGAGCGCUCAACACACACGCUUUGCCGCGCUCCAGCUGGAGGGCCGUCGCCUCGUCCAUCAACACAGAGUUUCGCCGCAUCGAUAAGUUUGCUUCCGGUUCCACGAGCGCGAGGGUGAUCGUCACGGACACCUGGGUGAUGAAGGUCACGACGUACUCCCUGCAUGUUGCCCUGCAUCAGGACUGUCACCUGACCGUCACAGACUCCAAACAUCACAGCCUGUCUCCAGAGUUAAACACGCCGGUGCAAAUCGUCACCAUCACUGUUGCCAGUAUCAAUCCCAGAGUCAAGCCUUUCGACAUAAGGCUGAAGUCCACAGAGUAUGUUGAGCUGCAGGAGAAACUGCACGCACCCAUCAGAAACGCCACCAAUGUUGUCAUCCAUCUGACCAUGAGUGAGCUGUUUUUGGAGACCUUUAAGUCAUAUGUGAGGCUGAAUGAAGUGCACAGGUGUCCGAGUGGCCAGGAACUUGAACCAUGUAUUGGAUGUAUGCAAGUCAAUGCCAACGUGAAGCUCGUGCGACUGUGCCAGGGAGACGGUGAGGCCGAGUGCCAGCAGUGCUACUGCCGCCCCAUGUGGUGCCUCACCUGUAUGGGCAAGUGGUUCGCCAGUCGACAGGACCAGCAGCAGCCCGAGACCUGGCUGAGCAGCAGAGUGCCCUGUCCCACCUGCAGGGCCAAGUUCUGCAUCCUCGACGUGUGUCCCAUUCACUGAGGAGAUUUCAUGAGGAUCAGUGCCUUUACUGAACCUGCUAUUUCUGAGCACUUCUAUGUGCUUUUUCCAAUCCUCUGUGCCUCCCAAGCUACAAACAUAUCUAAUGACAGUGAAUCACAUGUCCCGUAAAAGCCAGAAGAAGCAAUAUAUUUGAUUUUAC